UUGAUUUUGACAGUUUACGCUUUUCAAGUUUCCAGCAUGGUUGUCUGAAUGUUUUGAAUUGUUUGAAUAAACAAAAAAGUGUUGUUUUAUAGCUUAUUUUAAUCACAAGAACUAAUAAUGUCUUCAUCAUCAGACUCUGACUCUGAACAUGAGAACGAAGUUAACAGACUUGGAGACUGCGAGGUCUGUGCAAGGAACAAAGCGAAAUACACAUGCCCGAAGUGUGAAGUGAAAACAUGUUGCCUAGAUUGCGUGAGGAUACACAAGAAGGAACUGGAGUGCGACGGAAUCAGGGACCGCACGAAGUUCAUCAGAAUGAAGGAUUUUACCGACACGGACUUACUGAGCGACUACAGGCUGCUUGAGGAGUGCGCGCGAUUCGUCUAUGGCGUCAAAAUUGAUGAGAAAAAGAAAUACACUAGAAUUGAUAAGGACUUGCCAAUUUAUCUAUACAAACUCAAGAUGGCAGCCAGGAAGCGAGGCACAGUGCUACAGUUUUUGUCUCAUAACUUUUCAAGGCAUAAAGCUAACACUACCAGAUACAAUAACAAAAUGAACAUUAUCAACUGGCGAGUGGAGUGGGUGUUCCCCAACGUGGAGUCUGAGCCCCUGAAGUUUGUGGAUGAAAGGUGUGCAGAACAGAAACGCCUCUCGGAACUGUUGGACAAGUAUUUGAAUCCUGAUGCCUUGCCAUUUGAAGGCUCCAAAGCAUUGACUUUCUAUAAGGCAGCUGGAUUUAGUGGGGUCAAAAUAUUAUUGAGAGCUGAGAAAGUGAAAGGCUCAGCAAGGAAGUUCUUUGAGCUAGAUCCAACAGAAUCUUUGGCUGAAAACUUGUCUGGCAAGUGUAUUGUGGAGUUUCCAAUCAUUUUUGUUGUGCUCAAGGAUCAUGCUUACAACUUUGAAAUUAUUACUCCAGAAGAUGAAUUUGAAGAGGAAACUCCGGUUUCUAGUCAAGAUAAGGCAACCAACAGUACAAAAGAUUUACCAGUCACAAAUGGUGCACCAACUGCUGCUGUCACUUCCACUGCUAAUGGUAACACAGACCAUUCUAGAAAGAGACCUAGGCAGCUGCUGACAGAGAAAGUUGCUCUAGAGAAGAAGAUGGAAAUUGAGAAAGAGAUAAAAGCAGCUAAAAAGAAGAAGCCAAAGAAUCUCCUGUUCACCACCGGGUACUCUUCAGAGGAGAGUAUAGAUGGCGAAAGUGAUGAUGAGACGUGACUGGCACCAUGACUAGCUGACAUGGGCAGUUUUUGUUGGCAGACUUUGCUAAGCCUUCUCAUGAGUGUGUAUAUUCUGCUUCUAGUUUGGUAUAACCAGGUAAGAUGCUGAAUACAGUGCUCCUAUUUUCUACAAUGUAUGAAAAUGGCAUUAUGUAAUAUUACAAGGAUUCUGUAAAUAUGUUUAAAAAUAUAAGAAAGUUAUUAUAAAUA